AUGAACGCAAGCAGCUCUGGAAAUUUGAGAGUGAUGGACGAGGGGGUGAAAGAAGUGAUGCUAGCCAUGGUUGAAGCGACCAAGCAAGGGAGGCACGACAAAAAGCGGAGGAGGAGGAAGAAGGAGACGAGAAAGGAAAUGAAGCAGGAACUUCAGAUGAUCAAGGUCAGACUGGAUGAUUUCUUUGACUUGAUUCCCACCAAACCACCCGCAACCAACAAGCUGAACAAGCGGCGUCGACAAGCACAAGCGCUGCUUUCCGAUAGCCCCGGCAAGAACGAGGAGCCUGCUUGCUUGUGGUUAGGGCAGUGGAACCUCAACCGAUACCUCUACGGAAAGUCCCCUUCUGGAUGCUGGUCGUUUGGGGGAGAGACAAGAUGA